AUGUCACCUAUUCAUAUAAUAAUAUCAGGUGCAUCUUCUGUUGGAAAAUCUACACUUGUCGAUGAAUGUUUAAGAAAAUUUCGUCAAGAUAAAAGAUUAAAAACUAUACAAUUUAAACAUAUUCAAGAAGUAGCACGUACUGUAUUAAAUCGAUUAAAAAUUACAGGAAAACAUUUACAAGAUUAUAUUCUACAAAAUAAUAUUGAAAAAUUUUGUAAUGUACAAGAAAAAAUAAUUCAGGAACAAAUUGUAUCUUUCGAUAAAGAAAAAGAUAAUAAUUAUUUAUCAGAUCGAUCGGGUUUUGAUGCAUUAGCAUAUAUUCAUCAUUAUUUUGAAAAUGAACAAAAAGCAUAUUCAAUUUUUCAAAGUGAACUAUUUCAAUUAUUAAUUAAUCAAUGUCAAAAUGGUUUAAUAUUUAUUAUACAACCACAAGAAGAUUUACAAGCACAAAAUGAUAAUAUGAGAAUCGUACCAAAUUAUCAAGAUCAAAUUGGAUAUACAGAAUCUUUAAAAUAUUGGUAUAGAAAAGCAAAUUUAUCUUAUUUUGUUUUAACUGAUCUUGAUUUAAUAAAACGUAUUGAAUUUAUUGAAAAACAUAUACAUGGUAAUUUUCAUUGGCUAUCACCAGAAAUACCUAUACCAUUAUGUUUACCAUUUCAUUUAAAUAAAAAUCAAUCUCACAAACAAAAUAAUAUUGCAAUUCGAUCAAAUUUAGAUCAAUCUUAUAUGCGUUUUAUUGAAAUAUUAGAUAAACAAAAUAUUAAAAUAAGUUAUAAAAAAUAUGAUAAAAAUCGUUUAGUAGAAAAAUAUGAUCCAUCUUGUUUAAAUAAUAAAUUUGUUUCAAUAUUAUUUGAUCAAAAAUUAGAUAAUACAUUUAUUGAAAAAAUUUUAUUAAAUAAAAUUUUAAUUAAUGGUAAACAAUAUCAUUUUAUUGGUUAUAGUAAUAGUCAAUUACGAGGUCGUUCAUGUUAUUUAUAUGCUGGUUCAAUUGAAGAAAUAGAACAAAUUAUUAAUGAUAAUGGAGAUUUUAAUAAAAUUAAAAAUUUAAGUAAACGAGCAGCACGUAUUGGAUUAUUAUUUUCAAGUUGUACACCAACAAUUCAUAUUGAAUAUGAUCAUGUUAUUCAAAUUGAUGAUAUUGAAAGAAAUGGUUAUACUUUCACUGAUGGAUGUGGAAUUAUUGGUCGAAAUUUAGCUAAAAAAAUUGUUCCUUAUUUAAAUGAUUUUAAAAAACCAAUAUUAACAUUCAACGAUGAUAAUCAAAUUGAAGAAAAUACUUGUCCAUGUGCAUUUCAAAUACGUUAUCAAGGUUAUAAAGGUGUAUUAAUGAUAAAUAAUGAUGAUCAAGAUGAAACUAUUCAAGUUCGUCCAUCAAUGAAAAAAUUUACAAGUACAAUAAGUACAUGUUUAUAUGUAUGUGAUGAUGGAUAUUCAGGACCAAAACUUGGAUUUCUUAUUAAACAAUAUAUUAUGUUAUUAUCUGGUUUAAAUAUUUCAGAUGAAGUAUUUAUAAAAAAACAAGAAGAAUAUUUUCAUGAAAUUAUUUCAAUGUGUGAUGAUAUGAAUAUUGCUAUAAAAUAUUCACUUUAUUUUGAUAGAAUUGAUUUAAUUUAUUAUUUAUUAUCAAAUAAUAUUCAAUUCAUUCAAUCAGAAUUACAAAUUCUACAGAAAAAAGCUUUAGAAAGUGUUGAAAAAUUAAAAAUUCCUAUUACAAAAUCACGUUUAGCUUUUGGAGUUUGUGAUCCAUAUAGUGUAUUAAAAUCUGGUGAAGUUUAUUUUCGUCCAACAUUUAAUGGAAGACAAUUUAUGAUUGAUUCAAAAAUUUGUUUCGUAGCAAAAUCUCCAAGUUAUCAUUUAGGUGAUAUAAGAGUUUUAAAAUUAACAUCAUAUCAAGAAUUAGAACAUUUAUAUGAUGUUAUUGUUUUUCCAACAAAAGGUCAACGUCCACAUCCAAAUGAAAUUGCUGGAAGUGAUUUAGAUGGUGAUAAAUAUUUGAUUUGUUGGGAUAAUGAUUUAAUUCCAAAACAAACAAAUAAACCAAUGAAUUAUAAUUCAACAGCAAAAGUACAAGAAUCUGAAUUGAUUACACGAGAAGAAAUGAUAUCUCAUUUUGCUAAUGCACAAAAAAAUAAUCAAUCAGGUAUUAUUGAUAAUUAUUAUAAUUAUUGGGCAAAUCUUCUCGGAGUUAAGUCAACACAAUGUCGUCGAUUAGCAGAAUUAUUUUCUGAAGCUGUUGAUGCUCCAAAAACUGGACAAAAAAUUCGAAUUCCAUCUGAAUUAAAACCACCAAGAAAAGAAGAACAACAAUUAAAUAAUGAAAUGACUUCAAUAGAAACUAUUCAAGAUAAUCAUCAAUCAAAUACAAAUAAUAAUAACAUUGAAAACAAAGAAUAUGUUUGGAUAAAAUUAUUAAAUAAUGCAAAAAAAUUUAAAGAAGAAUUUGAAAUAAAAUUAAUUAAUGAAAAUCAAUAUAAAUCUUUAUCAAAAGAAACAUUAUUAAAUAUAUUAUAUGAACGACGAUGUCCUUAUUUAUAUAAUUAUAAUAAUGUUCAAUCAUUAAAUGAAUAUUCUUUAAUCAUAACAAUUAUUAAAUGGGCUAAUGAACAAGAAAAUUCCGAUGAAAUUCUUAAAGAUUUUAUUUAUUUAUUUGAUUUUAGUCAAUUAACAAUUGAACAAAAACAAAAUAUUGAAUUAUCAUUAAAAAUUGAUCAAUCAUAUUUAUAUUCAAUAUUAAAUAAAUCAAAAUUAUUAUCCAAAGAACUUAUUGAUAAAUAUCAUUUAUCUGAUACGUGUUUAUCAUGGAGAUUAUUUUAUACUUCUCCAAAAUUAUUUAAUAUAUCAUCUCUUGUUGAAUAUGAACAAACAUUUCAACCAAUUAUUUAUGUUUUAAAACAAAAUUUUUUACAUGAAAGAACAUUAAUUAAUAUUUCUAUUGAUGAUAAUAUUACUUUAGUAUUAGAUAUUUAUAAAGAUGCUCUACAUGAAUCUCAACAGAUUAAUCAAAAUCAAUCACAAAUUACUUUUCAAAUUCAACCAGGAUUAUUUAAUGCUUAUCUUGAAUCAAAAUUAUAUUCAAUUCGAAGAAAAUUUCUUCUUGAUAUUGAUUAUUUUUUAAUAAUAAGUAAAGAUCGUAUUCAGAUUUAUCAAACUGAUCCAAGAAAUUCGUUUAUUGUUUUUAUGUAUGAUAUUAAUUUUGAAAAUAAAAUUAUUAGUGUUGAUUUAACACGAUUUGAUCGAAAUAUUUUACGAAAUCGAAAUCAUCCAAAAGUAAAUAAACAUGAAUUUUUUUAUUUUGAAAUAUUUGUUUUAUCUAAUGAUCAACAAAUAUCUUCAAGUUAUUAUCCAAUUAUUAGUUAUUAUGAUGAAGAAUAUUUUACACAAAAUUAUUUUAAUGAACAAAUUGAAAAUUAUCAAUAUAUUGAAUAUCUUACAGAACAAGAAAAAGCCGAAGAAGAAAAAUACAAAAAUGAACAAAAAGAAUAUGAAGAAAAACGAAAAGAAUUAAUAGUAAAAUUUGAAAAUAUUUCACAAGAAAAUAUAGAAGAAUUAAUUAAUGAUUUAAUGUCUAUACAUGAUAUUGAAUAUUUAAAUAAAAUAUGGAUUUAUCUUAAUCAAUUAAAUCAAAUUGAAAUAAAUCUUAAUGAAUUAAAUGAAAAAUUAAUUAAUUAUUUUUAUCAAGAAAUUGAAUCUAUGUUAAAUGGUUCAAUAUAUCGUUCAUUUAUUAAUGAACAAUGGUUUUAUAAUUUAUUAUUAACAUCAAUAAAUCAAGAAAAAAAUUUUAAUAAAAUUUUUCAAUUAAUGAAAAAAAUGAAUUCAAAAUUAAAAGAUAAAAGUCAAUUAGUAUAUAUACCUUUUCUAGGUAGAAUUAUUCAACGUUUAAUUAAAGAAAAUUAUCAAUUAAUUCAAACAUUUAAUCAAAUUAAUAAUGAUUUUAUUUAUAAUUUAUAUUUAUCAUUAAUAUUAGGAAAUGAUUAUAAUACAGAUGAAAUUAAUUUAAAUUAUUUUAUUGAAAUUCAUUCAUUAAUAAAUAUUCAAUUAUCAAUAAAACAAUUAUCACAUUUAAUUCAAUCAUGUUUAAUGACUAAAAAUUCAGAUAUUUGUCAAAAAUUUCUUCAAUAUUUAUCAAAUAUUCAAACAUUUGAUGAAGAACAACAUUCAAUAUCAACUAUUGAUUAUAUAAUUCAAUUUUUAUCAAUUAUUAUUCGAGCAACUAUUUAUGAUCUUGAUGAAAUUAAUCGAAGAAUUAAAUUAAAAAAAGAAAUUUUAAUUAAAAAUGGUGAAACUAUAUUUGAUCUAAGAGCAAAAUUAGCUAUUAGAAAACCAAAUGAUCAACAAAUAACUGAUAGUGAAAAUAAUGAUGAACAAGAAGAAAAAUGUUCUGAACCAAUAUUUUAUUUUGAACAUUAUAAAUAUGAAAAAAUUCCAUCACAUCAUUUUAAUAUUGGUGAUUCAAUUGCAUUAAUUGAUCAAGAACAAUUAGAUGAAUAUUUAAAUAAACAAAAUAAAACGGAUGAAAAACUUCCAUUACGUUUAUUUUAUCAAUCAUUUGGAAUUAUUUUAAGUAUUUAUCCAUUAUUAUCAAUUAAAUUUAUAUAUUGGCCAUUAUCAUUAACAAAUAAUAAUUAUUUAAAUCGACAAAAAUUAUUUCGUUUAGAACGUCUACCAAAUUUUGUUACAUUAAAUCGAUCUAUAGAUGCUUUUGAAAAAAUUAUUGAUAAUAAAGAAUUAUUAUUAAUUAAACCAUUUUUAAAUUUAUCAGAUAAUAUUGAUAAAAAUCAAUUAAAAAACUAUGCACAAGAUCAAAUAAGAAACAUAGAAAAUAAUUUAAUUAAUAAUAAUGAAUAUAAUCAUGCUACAUUAAAUAAUAGUCAACGUCAAGCAAUAAAAAAUGCAUUAGAAAAUCGUUUAACACUGAUUCAAGGUCCACCUGGUACAGGAAAAACUGAAACAUCAGCAUGGAUUAUACAUUUAUGGUUAAAGAAUUUUUUUCAAGAAGGUCAACCAAUUUUAAUUUGUGCAGAAACACAUCAAGCAGUAGAUAAUUUAACACGACGUUUAUUACAAUAUCAACAAUAUCGUUUAAUUCGUUAUGGUGAACCAAGAACUGUUGCUCCAGAUUUACAUAAAUAUACAAUGCCAACACAAAUCGAACUUUUACGUCGUGAAAAACAAAAAUCAAAUCCAAAUACUACAAUAAAUAAAACUUUAUUUGGACCGCCCAAAAUAAAAGAAAUACGUGAAAUAAUAUCAAAAUGUCAAAUAUUAUGUAUGACUUGUUCAGGUGUUGGAAUAUUAGAACCAUCUUUAAAAUUUCCAUUUAUUUUAAUUGAUGAAGCAUCACAAAUAACAGAACCUAAUAUUCUUAUUCCAUUGGUUCGAAUAACAGAUCAAAUUGUUCUGGUUGGUGAUCAAAAACAAUUACCACCUAUUAUAAAAAUGGCUGAAGCAAAACCAUUAUUAGAACGAUCAUUUUUUCAACGUCUCUUAGAAAAUCUAAAUAUAAACUCAAUUAUGUUAGAUACUCAAUAUCGUAUGCAUCCAUCAUUAAUUGAUUUUCCAUCAAAAGUAUUCUAUGAUGGUUCAUUAAAAACUGGUAUUCAACCUGAGCAACGACCAACACCACAAGAAAUUAAUUUUAUUAAUCAACAAAUUCCAUUAAUGUUUGUUGAUGUUGAUCAAAGUUAUGAAACAAUUCAUGGAUCGAAUAUUUAUAAUAAACAAGAAGUUGAAUUAAUUUGUCAAACAAUUCAAACAUUAUUACCACGUCGACAACCAAAUUUAUUACCAAUGGACAUUGGUGUUAUAACACCUUAUACACGACAAGUUAAAGAAAUUGUUGACAAAUUAACAACUAUUCAAGUUCCAAAAGGUGUUGAGAUCCGAACAGUCGAUGGAUUUCAAGGACGAGAAAAAAAUAUUAUUCUUAUUUCUUUAGUUCGAUCAAAUAAUGAAAAUGAAAUUGGAUUUUUAAUCAAUGAACAACGUAUGAAUGUUUUAUUAACACGAGCAAAAUGUGCAAUGAUUGUUUUUGGUAAUAAACGUACGUUGAUGUCAAAUGAUUUAUGGAAACAAUGGAUUGAAAGUGUUCCAAAUGUUAAUUCAACAAAAUUUCUAAAUGAAUGUUUAGUAAAACAAAAUCAAAUAACAGAUCAACAUCAAUCUCAAUCAGAACUACGUGAAAUAGAUUUCGAUAAAAUUGAUGAAUAUACUGAAGCAUUUCGUGGUGCUGAUGUACAUUUUUGUUGUCUUGGUAUUAUAAAAAGUAAAGCUGGAGUUGUAAGUAUGAAAUGAAAUAUUUCAGUUUUUU